AUCAUUACAGAAUACAGAGUAAUCGGCGACUCCAAAAUAAAGUGUCUCCUUCCUCCACAGUCCACACCCUCUCUCUCUCUCUCCCCACCAUGGCCGCGGAGACCGAGGCGGCGGCGGCACCGCCGGAGGACCGGGAGGCUGAGGCCCUCCGUAUGAAAUCCCUAGCGGAGGAGAAGCUCCGGUCGUCAUCCCUUAAAUCCGCCCUCAAGUACGCGAAGCGCGCGGCCCGUCUCCGCCCUGACCUCGAUGGCGUCUCUCAGAUGGUCACCGCCCUCAAGAUCCUCCGCGCCGACCCCUCCGACCACUACAAGGUCCUCCGCAUCCCCCCCUUCUCCCUGCCCUCCUCCAUCCGACGCCAGUACAAGACCCUCGCCCUCGCCCUCCACCCCGACAAGUCCUCCUCCUCUGUCCCCUCCGCCUCUGCCGCCACCUCCGAGGCCUUCAAGCGCGUCGCCGACUCCUUCCGCUUCCUCUCCGACCGCGGCCGCAAGCGCGACUUCGACCUCUCCCUCCGCCUCGCCAAAGAGAAGGAGGCCUCCGCAGCAGCGGAGGGGCCGGUGGAGACAUUCUGGACCGCCUGCACCACUUGCCGCCUUCUCCACGAGUUUGACCGCCGGUACGUCGGGUACCGCCUCAUUUGCCCUGGCUGCCGCAAGAGCUUCCUCGCCGUCGAGGUCCCCCCCUCCGUCGACGACGACGACGGCGGCAAGCUCGAGAACAACGGAGGUGGCGGCGGCAGCGGUGGCGCGAUGGUUAGGGUUACUCGGUCCAGGUCCAAUACUAGGCCUAGGAUUCCCCGGUUCCCCCCCCUGGCGGGAGAUGACAAGAGGAAAGCUGAAGUUUCUAGGGUUUCUACUUCCCCGGUGUCCAAGAAACUCUCGCAGAGGCCGGAGAAGACACUGGCCGAGAUGCAGAAGGAGCUUGCAAAGGGGAAGGUGAAGGAGAAGAAGAAAGAAAAGGGGAAGGAGGAGGAGGAGAAGGAGAAGGAGGAGGGUAAAGAGAAGAAAGCUAUGGUGCCUAUGAAGCAUAAAGAUGACGAGUUGAUCUCGAUGGCAGUGGAGGACUCCGAUUUCUAUGAUUUCGACAAGGAUAGGACUGAGAAGAGUUUCAGGAAAGGGCAGAUUUGGGCUAUCUAUGAUGAUGAUGAUGGGAUGCCUCGGCAUUAUGGUCUGAUAGAAGAGGUGUUCUCUUCGAAUCCAUUCAGAGUGAAGAUGAGUUGGUUGGACAUCCAGAAUCAUGGGGAUGAGUCCCUGGUGCUGUGGGAGAAGUCAGGAUUCCACAUAUCCUGCGGGCGGUUCAAGGUCGGGAGGAAGGUUGACAUUGAUUCGGUGAACUUCUUCUCCCAUUUAGUUGAAUGCGAGAGGGCAGCGAGGGAUGUCUAUAGGAUUUACCCUAAGAAAGGUUCGGCUUGGGCGCUGUACGGUGAAAGGACUUUGGGGGGUGAUGAGGGGAGGUACUAUGAUAUAGUCGUGUUCCUUACCAGCUAUAGUGAGAUGCAUGGUUUGAGCAUGGCUUAUCUUGAGAAGGUAGAAGGGUACAAGACCAUAUUUAAGAGGCAGGCAAUUGGUUGUCAUGCUGUCAAGUGGAUUGAGAAAGAUGAUGUUAGGCUGUUCUCGCAUCAAAUUCCAGCCCGGAAGCUUUUGGAUACAGAGGGACUGAAUCUGCCAAGAGAGUGUUGGGAGCUCGAUCCUGCCUCACUUCCUCCAGAGUUGCUUAACAUUUGUUGGGAUGGAUAAUAUGCUACUCUCGUGCUGUCAUUACUGUGAUAGGAUAUGGUAUUUUAGAAGCCAAGUUCCCUAUGAGCUGAUGAUAUUGUUUUGCCACCCCAGCUGUUCUUUUCUAUUAGGUGAUUAGCAGAACUCAAAUUGUCCAUGAGCCAAAUUCCCUAUGAGUCAGAUUCCUUCUGGUGUUCGUCUGCUUGAACUUUAAAUUAUCCUGCUUUCAUCUGAUUUUACAUGUUAACUGCCUAUACAAUGUUCCCAAAAUGUUGUUCCUGUUCCUCAUUGAAAUUAGUAAGUAGCACAGCUUUAAAGACCUUAUUGCAAUUUGAAUGCUUUGAAUGUUCUUUUUAACACUUCGUACAUGGUUUGAGUUCUUCCUAGGCUUUUCUAUUUUUACUUAGAUUUUUUAGUUUCUAAUCUUAACAUGAGGUAUAAAGCUAUAUGAAGUAAAAAUAAGACAUCAACAAGUCAGCAUGCUUUGAUAUUGCUUCAUUUUGCAAUAGCAGGAAACAAAUACAUGUGAAUGACUCCCUUUUCUUUUAUGUCAUUGAUGAAGCAGCUUUUUUGAUCUUAUUUUAACCAGUAUAGAUAUAAACAGUACAGUAAAAUAUUAAAUUGCCAAAAAGAUGCUCUUAAUAAAGUCAAUUCACAUAUAACAUGAAUUCAUAUAAAUAUGUAUUUGUCUAUGAAGGUUUACUACAUUUCAUAAAAUGGCUCCUCAUUUAUUACACUUAGAUACCAAUAUCAUGCAUGUUUUGUGAUAUUUAAAAUCUUAAUUAGUUGUUGCCCUCUGAUACAUUUUUGCCCAUCUUGACCUCAUUUACUUAUGUGUAAUAGUUGUAUUCAUUUGAAAUAUGACAUGAGAAUUCCUGAAUGUAUUCCACAAUGGAAGUUUUUCUGGGAUAUAGCACAGGGGUUUGUUUUAUUCUCAUAGCGUCACCGACAAAGCUACUAAAUACUAGGUGGAGAAGCCAGGGGCCUCGUUUACAGUUCACACACAAUGAGCUUCUUCUCCUCAAAUGUCCAUUAAGCUAGCUGGACAAGUUGAUGUAUGAGUUGUUUAAUAUAUAGCUUCAUGAGGGCUUUUGGUGGGGACACAGACCACCGUUUCCAGCAUGUGUAUAGGCGUCGCCGGCGUGCAUAGCACUUUGGCCGCCCUAGUUUAUUUUCUUGUGUAUUUUCGUUUAUUUAUUAUGUAUUUUCGUCCUUGUUAGUUGUUGACUUGUUAUGACUGUAUUUAGCUAUUGUAGUGAUCCAUGAUGUUGUGGGGAUCAUGGGUAGUUAUAUGAUCAUUUGUGGGAAUCAUGGGUAGUUACAUAGGGGGCUAUAUAUGAAACUCUCAUGUCUAUUGUUGUGGUUAGAAUAUUUUGAUUAAAAAAAAAAAACGUUGCUUUGGCAUCUGGUGGAUUCCAGAACUCCUCUCUCCUCCUUUCCCCUUCUUAUUUUCUCCUCUAAAUCAUCUGUCCCGCAUCAGUUUGGUAUCAGAGCCCCGUUGGGCUUUGCCUCUGUGCCAACGCCCCGAUCCUGUCUGUCUAUUUCCCUCCCCUUUCUUUCUCUGCCAUUUUCUGGGCUGCAGUGGGACAGACUACAAAAAAAAA